CGCCCUCACCCCUCCCGGUGCUGCCGCAAAACCACCCUUGGGCCGCCAAGCGAUUCCAGCGCUGCACGACACUGCGUGCUCGCGCACGCGGGCCGCCGGCGGCGUGCUUUACGGCGGCAGCGUGAGUGAGUGACGCUCACCGGAGGCCUCAGAUCCCACGCGGUGCCGGAGGAGGCAGGCUGUAGCUGCUACCCCUAACGCCGCUGCUGCUCCCACCUCCAGUAUGAAGCGACCGAAGUUAAAGAAAGCAAGUAAACGCAUGACCUGCCAUAAGCGGUAUAAAAUCCAGAAAAAGGUUCGAGAGCACCAUCGAAAAUUGAGGAAGGAGGCUAAGAAACGGGGUCACAAGAAACCUAGGAAAGAUCCAGGAAUUCCAAACAGUGCUCCCUUUAAGGAGGCUCUUCUUCGGGAAGCUGAGCUAAGGAAACAACAGCUUGAAGAACUAAAACAGCAGCAGAAACUUGACAGGCAGAAGGAACAGGAAAAGAAAAGGAAAUGUGAAGCUACCCUUGAUGUUGAGCCAUCUGUGAAGGAGGAAUUUGGGCAACGCAAAGCUAAGAAAGCCAAGCUGGCUAAACAGAAUCCAAAGAAGUUGUAUUGUCAGGAACUUAAAAAGGUGAUUGAAGCCUCAGAUGUUGUGCUGGAAGUGUUGGAUGCCAGAGAUCCUCUUGGUUGCAGGUGUCCUCAGGUGGAAAAGGCCAUUGUCCAGGGUGGACAGAAAAGGCUGGUACUUGUGUUAAAUAAAUCAGAUUUGGUACCAAAGGAGAAUUUGGAGAACUGGUUAAAUUAUUUGAAGAAGGAAUUGCCCACAGUCGUGUUCAGAGCCUCAACAAAUCUGAAGGACAAAAAAAAGAUACCCAAGGUAAGGAGGAACAUUCCAUUCAAAAGUGAAAUCUGUGUUGGGAAAGAAGGCCUUUGGAAACUUCUUAGAGAUUUUCAAGAGAUUUAUGGCAAAGCUAUUCAGGUUGGAGUAAUUGGUUUCCCAAAUGUGGGGAAAAGCAGCCUCAUCAACUGCUUAAAACAAGAACAGAUAUGUAAUGUCGGUAUAUCCAUGGGACUUACAAGGAGCAUGCAGGUUGUCUCUCUGGACAAACAAAUCACAAUCAUAGAUAGUCCAAGUUUCAUUGUGUCUCCACUUAACUCUCCCGCCGCACUUGCUCUGAGAAGUCCAGCAAGUAUUGAAGUAUUAAGACCAGUGGAAGCUGCCAGUGCCAUCCUGUCCCAGGCUGACACUCGACAGGUAGUACUGAAAUUCACUGUCCCAGACUUUAAGAACUCUUCAGAAUUUUUUACUUUGCUUGCUCAGAGAAGAGGACUGCACCAAAAAGGUGGAAGCCCAAAUGUAGAAGGUGCUGCCAAACUGCUGUGGUCUCAGUGGACAGGUGGCUCUUUAGGCUACUAUUGCCAUCCCCCUCCAUCAUGGACUCUUUCUCCACAUUUUAAUGAAAACAUUGUGACAGACAUGAAAUUGGGUUUGAAUCUGGAAGAACUAGAAAAGAACAAUGCACACAGCAUACAAGCCAUCAGGGGCCCUCAUUUAGGCAGUAGUAUCCUUUUCCAGUCCUCGGGUCUGACAAAUGGAAUAACAGAGGAAGAGGACAUCGUUGAAGAAUUGCCAAAACAGAAAGAAAGGAUGCAGGAAGAGAGGGAGGACUUAGAAGACAUCAAUAGUGACCAGGAAAGUGUUGAAGAAGCUGAGGGAAAUAGCUCAAUCACGUCCCCUGCUAAAGAGGCCUGGGCAGCAUCAUGGGGAGCAUUUGGGAUAAAGUCUAUGGGCUGAAGCCCCACAAUUCCUGAAUCUGCAAAGAACACAAGAAGGUACUGUGAUAUAAACACAAUCUCAUGAGGUAUGACAUAGAGCACUAGACAUGAAAAGAGGUGAGGACUGUGAUGCUUAUUUACCUCAUUCUUUCCCAUAAUAAUGUAAAUAUACAGCCCAGAAAGUGUGUUUUCCUAUAUAAAACCAGGUUUUUGGAAAAGCAGAAGCAGCAUUAAAAAACAAACACUCAGGUCAACCAAAUUCUGAUACACGACUGAUGGAAAUAUAACAAUCUUUCUAGCAAUUUUUGGCAAUUUGUACCAAGAGCCUUAAACAGGUACAUGGCCUUUGACUCAUAGUAAUUCCUCUUGCCUCUCAAGGACAUAAUCUGAGAGGUAAUCAAAAGCCACGAUUUUAUUUACAAUUGUGAAAACCUAGAAACAAAAAGUUUUUCACACUAUGGAUCAUGUCCCAUAAGUAGGCAUGAAACCAAUUUAGAGGGUCAUGAUCAGAAUUUGAGUAGAAAAUAGUUCCUGAAUUGGAAGAGAACACUGAAUGAGAAAAUAUCAGAGUGGGAAAAAAAUAUACACAUCAGAGUGCAUCCCACACAGCAACUGCACGUAUUGUUUGGUAAACCUUCCUUUUUGCCUUUUAUAAUAAUCCAUUCAUUUACUCAUUCAUUGAACACUCAGUGUCUACUAUGUGCCAGGCAAUAUCUAGGCACUGGGGUUAUAGCCAUGAAUAAAACAGACAAAUCUCUACCAUCAUGAAAGGUGGAUAGACAAUCAGCACACACAUGUGUAUAUGUGUGUCCUAUAUGUAAUAUAUUUCUUAUUGUGGGGUUGCCAUAAAAAAAUCAGUCAUUGUAAUAAAAGACUUUCCUAUGGAAACAAGUAAACUAUGUGGCAUUACAUUACAUAUGAGCCCUGGUUGGUCAGGCUCAGUGGAUAGAGUGUCAGCCUGUGGACUGAAGGGUCCCGGGUUCGAUUCCGGUCAAGGGCUCGUACCUCAGUUGCAGGCUUGAUCACUGGCCCUGGUUGGAGUGUGUGCAGGAGGCAACCAAUCUCUGUGUCUCUCACAUUGAUGUUUUUCUCUGUCUCUCAUCCUCCCUUCCACUCUAUCCUCAAGAGAGAAUUAACCAAGAUAAUUUUAAAAAAACAAAGUUAAUGAAGAGUUUCCACUGCCAUGGUAACAUACUUAGGAUAUAAUCAUGUGGAAAAACAUGUCAUAUGUGCAAAUUUAUAUAUAGUAUAAUUUCAACUGUACAGAAAAAAUGAGGGGGGGGUGGAACUGAAAGGUACUAAGUUAAAAUUUUAAUAAUUAUCUCUAGGCAUUGAUCAUUUAGUCAAUGAAUAUUUUACUGAGCACCUCCUACACACCAGUCCUCACUUAGAGGCACAGGAGAUAAAGCAGUAAACAAAAUGCCCUCAUGGAGCUUGAGUGCUAUUUUCUUUUUCAUAAAAGUUCCUAUGAGAAGCAGGCAAUACUUUAUGUGCACACAGGGGUGGGCAAAAGGAGGUUUACAGUUGUUCAUAUGGAAAAUAAUACACUAAGAAUAAACUGUUUCAUGUACUCACAACUGUAACCCUACUUUUGCCCACCCCAUAUAUAUAUAUAUAUACAUAUAAAUACAUACACAUGUAUAUACACACUAUUAUAAAGCAUCCUGUCAGAACACGCAGGAAAGCUAUUAGUUUUUUCUUGCUCUGGUCAACUAUGGUGUGUGGCAAUCCAAAAUUGAUUUUUAACAAAUACUCUGAAGCUUCAAACAUGGCUCAAUACCAAGGCAGAGCAGUAUAAACAACUAAUGUUAAGUAUCUAGCAAUGGAAUUAUAUAAUAAAGUGAUUUUUAAGAUCGGUUGAUGGCUUUAUGGUUUUUACUACUAGAGUCCUGCUGAUACAGUUCACAGGUUAUAGGAAAGUAACAGGAGAAGGGAAGUAACCAGACUGACACUCUAGUGCAGCGGUUGCCAACCGGUGGUCCAUGAGGUCCGACAGGUUGGCGACGGCUGCUCUAGUGAACACAGCAGGCAUGAAACAUCUAUGACACUCACUGGCCCCACCUUCUGAGGCCCUGCUCUGCUGAAAUGUGAGCAAAUAGAAGCCGCCCACAGAGACUCCUUUCUGGCCUCUGAUUUGGUAAAGGAUCUUGUCAGAUCAAAUCCUUAGCAAAUAACCGCACAGAAGGGAGAAGAGGUGGAAAGGGAAGGCUACCAGAGCACAGUGAGUACCACCAGACCUUAACCCAAGGCCUUUAGUUUUUAUAAGGCCAAGAAAGGUUUCUUUUCCUUUCACCUCAUGAUAUACUUAGGAUGUGGGACGUAGGUAACUCCAGCUCAACAGCUGCCAAGGGUUCGCAUACCUGAAA